CCAUGCCCUAAUUUCGGUCCUCAAGCGCUCCAGCUUCGAUGGUCGCAGUGUCGCAUGGAUCUGCACGCAAAGGCCUCGCGCAAUCGAGUUAUGCGAGGAUUGUAGAGGAUUGUAGAGCAUCAGCAAGGGCACGAUUGCCUCGAGCUCGGUCUGUGAAGCUUUUGGUGCAGUUUUUUGGUAGACUAGGGCGGGAUAACUAGAGCGAGAGAGAGAGCGAGAGAGAGAGAGAGCGAGAGAGAGUUAGAGUCGGUGGAACAGAGACACCAUGCCCCCAAAGGCAGCAGCGAAGGGCGGCGGCAAGGAGAAGUCGAAGGCAGACCUUGCGAAGAAGCAGAAGCUGGUGGAGGACAAAACCUUUGGUCUAAAGAAUAAAAACAAGAGUAAGAACGUGCAAAAGUAUGUGCAGAGCUUGCAUCAGUCGGUGCAGAAUGCAGGGCCUAAGCGGGGAGACGACGCCAAAGCCGCUGCCAAGAAGAAGAAAGAAGAAGAGGCUGCGAGGGAUAAGGAAUUGAAUGAGUUGUUCAAAGUGGCCAUUAGCCAACCCAAGGUUCCCGUGGGUGUUGACCCUAAAUCAGUUGUUUGUGAGUUUUUCCGACAUGGGCAAUGUGCUAAGGGUUUCAAGUGCAAGUUUUCGCAUGAUCUGAGUGUAGAAAGAAAGGGGGAGAAAAUCGAUAUCUAUAGCGAUCAGCGUGAUUCGGAGGAAAAUAUGGAUGAAUGGGAUCAAGAAACUCUUGAGAAAGUGGUGGCAGCCAAGGGGAAUGAAUUCGUCCACAACAAGCCUACGGAAAUUGUGUGCAAACAUUUCUUAGACGCUGUCGAGAAGAAGCAGUAUGGAUGGUUCUGGACGUGCCCUAAUGGUGGGAAGGAGUGCCAUUACCGACAUGCUUUGCCCCCCGGUUACGUCCUGAAAUCACAAAUGAAGGCAUUGCUUGAAGAGGAGGGUGAGAAGCUGUCGAUUGAGGAAGAAAUUGAAAACCAGAGGCGUAUGACCAAGACCACAACGCCCAUGACGGAAGAUUUAUUUGCACAAUGGAAAAGAAAGAAACUAGAAGCACGGGAUGCUGAAUUAGCUUCCAGGAAAGCGGAGAGGGCGAGAACUGACAGAAUGAGUGGCCGGGAACUCUUUCUUGCUGAUGCCAGUUUGUUUGUGGACGACGCGGAAGCUUUUGACUCCUACACGCGGGAAGAAGAACCCGAAAUAGGAGAGGCUUCAAGUUCUACUCAGCAGGCUCAAGAGAAACCGAGUUGGGAAAGAGCGGGGAUCAGCAAGCAAGAUGAGGAAUUAUUCGCAGACGAUGACGAUGAGUUGGACUUGGACGAGUUGGACGAGUUGGAGUCGAGGAUUCAUAAGUCGUCCUUGGACGAUACUUAAAGAGUUUGAGUUGUGGUGCUUGCCCACCUUCCGAAUGGAAACAAAGCGAGAGAUGAUGUGGGCACUGGGGUGAUGCUUUUCGAGACUCUUAUCCUUCACAGUUGAUAACAACCUGCAGGAGAAGUGUUCUUUGCAGACAGUGCACAGUAAAGCAGCCAUUGUGAAUUGGAGUAUAGCUCCCGUUUAAUUAAGAAAUACUCGAGUCCAGGUACUCUAGGAUUGUAGUGAGCUUUUGAAUCCUUUCCGGGACUCAAUGUACGAGGUGUGUUCAAGGUAAAUAUGUGUUGCAGAUGAAUCAUGUGGUGAUGGUUUUAAUCGUUUCACAUCACAAAUAAUGUUCAAAUUGGAGGUGACUGUAAGCUAUUGUUGACUUGGGUGAAUUCUUUUAUAGUAGAGGGUGCCGGAAGUUUGCACACUGGUGUAGAGACUACGCAAAUCGAGAUUGUGUGCAAACGUGCAGAUGUACACAUUUGCAUUAUGUUUUCAUAAUCUACCACCCAAGUUUACCUGA